GGUACAUGCACAUAUUAGACGUUUCAGGGGUUUCCCUUGAAACAGCUUUCCAUUGAUGUAAUAACGUAAGCUUAGCUGCUAGAACGUUACAAUGAGCCGCUGGUCGCAGUACGAUACCGACGAGGAACGCCUCCCGGAGGGCAUGCAGCGUAUUGGUUACGAUUCCGAUACCCAAACCUACACAUUCCGCGAUGCCGAGGGCACUAUCUGGGAGAGCGCACCCGGUAACCAAUACGGUGAACUCCAUCGCGUCAAUACAACAUACGCACAUUACGGUGAUGAGGAAGCACAUGAUGCAACAGAGCCACUGCACACAGCCUCCAAGGGACCACAUACUUCUUGGAGACAUGAGAUGAUGCCCUUGCUCAAUUGGUUCUUACUGGUCGGUCUGUUCCUGAUCCUCAUCUUUUGGAUCAUCGGCGGUACAACUAAACGGAUCGAACCGAUUACCUGCGGAGAGCACAGCAGUCCGUACAAGAUCAAACCUGGCGAUACAUGCUGGGCCAUUGCCGAGGGACAUGAUGUCCCACUCGAUUCUCUCAUCCACAAGAAUGAAGGUCUUGACUGCGAUAAGCUGCCCAUCGGUGGUACGGUAUGUAUCCCAAGGGUCUAGAUCGUUGCUACACCAAGGGUUUCAGGGUCUUCUGGUUACUUUGGGGUCCUUGACACGGCAGUAUUAGCUUGUGAGCUUUCGUUAUCGGGAUCAAAUCAUUUCGCUUCUUUUGCGUCUACAGAUAUGUACAGGUAGCUGUGCUGGCUUUCCCCAUUUAGAUUCGUGUCUCGUGCCAGGUUUACAUAUUUCGGUUUCUAUCUUAACUAUCUACCAGAAGAACCUAUAUACAGCUUCCCCGGCUUUGUGUACGGUUCUCUCUGUCUCGGCUCCAGACAGUAAUAUAACCCGACACUUGCCUACUCCGUUGAACUUAUCUACGAGCUGUUGGGUUGUCUUGGGCGAAGUUAGGACGUAUGAAAAUCAGAUGGAUCAACGCGAGCCACGACAAUACUUCGUUGUAGGUUUCAGUAAUCUGCCGGCAUGGUCGAUAGCUUUCCGCCAU